AUGCAGAAGACGGCGCAGGCCUGGUUUUCCGGGGGUCCGAGCUCGGGGGAGGCGCAGAUGUCCUCGUCGUCCUCGCCCUCCCUCCUCGCCGACUGGAACUCCUACGCUUCUUCCAAGUCGGCGGACGAAACUGGGCCGUCGUCGGCGCUGGGUUUCGACAUCGAGUCCGCCGUGCGCACCGCCAACGACAAGGUCGCCGGCACCUUCAACGUGUAAGACAUCCCCGGGCCCCCUCCUGCUCGAUUCCUCCGUUUCUGCCUCUCGCUUCCACCGUCCGGGGCUGCUGCUGGUGGUUUUUGCUGUCUCGUUGAUCUGAAUCCAGAGAUCUGUGAUCUUUGUCCCCGUUGCUCUCUCUCUCCCUCUCUCUCUCUCUCACACACACACUCUCUUCCUGUGUUCCUCUCGGAUAACGGAUUAUUUGGCACUUCGCGCUAAGGAUCCGUCUUAUAUUUCUCCCUUAUGCGCGAAUCCAAAGUUAUUGAGCCAGAUUAUAACCGUGACAGUCUACGAUGAUUCUCCAAGGAGUUAUUGCACGCGCUGCGCUUUAAUUACCGUUGUCAGUUUUCAUCUCUCAUAUGGCUUCUCAUUGUCUUGGUGGACGGCGAGCAUAGUCGUUAAUUGGACCGGUUGGUGUAAUUACCAUUAGUUUACGUGCCGAUUUUAUGUGGAGUUGGUUAGUGUAAACGUAAUUUAAGCUCAGAUUUGUUGAAGUUAUGCAUUUGUGUUUGAAAUGACCUCUGGAUCUAUCCAGGCAUCAUGAUUUUCGUCUGCGUUUGUGUUAUCUACUAAGUUUGCCAAACAGUACUUAGGAGAAGAUCUUUCCUCGGACGUAAAAUUAUGUCUGGUUAACUCGAGAAAUCUCAUCUCUUUCUCUAUCCAGUUUAUCCUUCUUGUCCUUUCAGAGGGAAACAGCCAGUUAAAUCUAUAGAAUCCGGGGGAUCUGUGCCCAUGUUUUUUUUGUACGCUUCAGGGAUAACUUUCUUUUGGAUGUAUUUCAUAACCUUCGGGUGUUUGUGAGGGUUCGUUUACGGGGAGUGAUAUGGUCGUGGUCACAUUCGUUUUCGUGAUGAAUGCAUUGUAUCUGGAACAGUCAUUUUCUUCGCAAAUAGAAGGUUUUCUCUGCACUAGGGUCAUCUUCAUCAUGGUUUAAGUCUCUGUCUUAUCUCAUCAAUCUGGAUUAGAUAGGAACUAGGGUUUUAAUCCCUGAACAAGAGGUAAUACUUUUCCUGACCACGGAAUUAAUUGAAUUUUCUUGAUGACUAUCUACCGAGCAUCAAAACCUUAUAUUCAAUGCUGAAAACGUAUCGUGACAGUUGAUGGUCUGUGGAUGGCGUGCCCUUUCUAAGGUUUUGCCUAGCUCAAGUCUCCCAGUACCACUGGUAGAUGGUUUCAUAUCAUGCCAAGGUACUUAAAAGAAAAUGAGGUGUCGUUAGUUGGAGAAAGAUGGCUCGAUAUUUACAUCUGAAGUUAUGAUCCGAGAACAAGAAGUACGAAGAAAACAAACAGAAAAAAUAUAAACCGGGUAAUCUAUAUGUGGAGAGGAAAACUGUAGAGGCUAAUUCUGAGUAAGCCAGAACUGUGCUGUAUUUUUUAUUGUAGCUUGUAUUACGAAAUUCAAGACACUUUAACAGUUUUGUGCAAUUAUUUCUAUCAUAGACUGUUCCACGGAUGAAUUAAUGGGUAGUGGACAUGUAAUGCAUCCAUUUCUCUUGUAGUCUCUUCAAAUAUUUUCGCCUUCUAACUUCUGGUACUUCAUGGCUUUCUCAAGGCUAAAAAGAAUCAUCAUCCUUUGUAUUUUCCCACCUUUGAUCUUUAUCAUCUCUGUCUGAACAGUGCAGUUAAGCUUAUUGUUUUGGUAUUAUGUUGCCCAGGGUUUCCAAAGGAGUAAGAGAAUUACCUGGCAGUUUCCAAUCUGCUACUAGCAAUGUCCCAUCUGGAAAAUCUCUCGUGUACUUUGGGCUGCUCCUGGCCACGGGCGUUUUCUUCAUUUUCGUUGCUUUCACAAUGUUCCUCCCUGUCAUGGUGCUGAUGCCACAGAAGUUUGCUAUUUGCUUCACGCUUGGCUGUGCCUUAAUUAUUGGGUCAUUCUUUGCGCUCAAAGGACCAAAGAACCAGCUUUCUCACAUGUUGUCUAAAGAGGUAUUGGGCUUCCGAUGUUCUUUCUGACCUUGAUGCAUCAUCCUCUACCCAUCUGUGAUUUUAUGACUCAUAACUUUUCCUAUACAUUCAUUUAAGAGCUGCAGGUUGAUUAUCUAUUUAUGUGCUCCUUGUAGAUUUUUUUCUCUUAUGGAAAUAAUUCUUCUAAUUUUAUGCUCAUGCUUUAAACAAGAGCACCCAUGAAGUGUGCUAAAUCUUUUCGGUUCUUCAAUUUAAAGCCUACAUUUCUUAUUAUUUUCUUUUCGAUUCAAAGAAAAAUCGUUCAAUCUUUUCUCGCUGUUUUAACACUGUGUCUUCUCGUUGAAAUUUCCUGAACUGUUGAUCCUUUUUCACCUUGUCACUUAAUAUAAUAUUUAUGUAGUACCUGGUAGUCACGACGUUCUCAAAACGUUUAGGGGAAAUAAUUUCUUUGCAACCCACGCAAAUGAUUUUUCUAAGUGAAUUUCUGGUGGGUUCUACGUGAAUUCUAAGUGAUAUUCAUCUUUUCAGAAUUAUCUGUUGUGCAUAUUUACCUGAAACCUAGAGCAUGAAGCAAAGGAUCUACAUUUCAAUCCAAGAUGGAUGCUAUUUCUGGGAAGCAGAAAAAAAACAAAUAAUUUGUCUCAUAAUGUCACAGUGCAUGAAUCUAGGGGCUCUUUGACUGCGUGACAUCUUAGACGGUUUGACUCUGAUGAUCUCUGCCUGUGGCCAAGUGUUCUUUGACCGAUCAUUACUCUAGACAUGAGGGAUGUCACCCCACGGAGUUCUUAAUUCUACCGAUAUGCAGCUCUCUGGUUCAUUCCAUGAUUAGAAGGAUAUUGGAUGUGUUCUAGAGUCAACCCAAUAAAGAAAAUAUUAUUCUUUCUUAAUUCUACCGAUAUGUAGCUCUCUGGUUCAUUCCAUGAUUAGAAAGAUAUUGGAUGUGUUCUAGAGUCAACCCAAUAAAGAAAAUAUUAUUCCUUCCUUUCUCUGACAGAAAUCUGGUUGACUCUUCAGAUAGACCUCUUUUCCCACCACCUGAUAGAAAGUUGACUUCUCACGGCUCCAGUCAGACUUCCAAAUGAUCUCAUUCUAAACCAGCAAUAGUAACGGGUUGAGGAUGGAGAUGAGCCGAGAUAUUUCGAAGGGGUGAGAUGCUUCAUUUGUGGCUGAUAAAUCUGGGAACUUUACGAUGUCUCAUCUUAUGUUGGAAUAUGAUCUUACUCCCUGUUUUAUAAAACAAAUAUCAAGCCAGACAUCAGACUACCAUUAAAUAUUUGGAGUUUUCAUAUAGAGUCUUGAAGAUGAAAUCGUUCUCAGCUUUGUUUGAUGCAGAACAACUGCCCCCCCUCUCUUUCUCUCUCUCUCUCUCUCUCUCUAGACAUACACACACAGCUUUAUGUUGGACCAUGAUCUUACUCUCUGUUUUAUCAAAGAAAUAUGAAACCAGACAUCAGACUACCAUUAAUUAUUUGGAGUUUUCCUAUAAAGUCUUGAAGAGGAAAUCGUUCUCAGCUUGUUUGAUGCAGAACAACUGCCCUCUCUCUCUCUCUCUCUCUCUCUCUCUCUCUAGACAUACACACACACACAACUUUAUGUACCAAAAACCAUAAGGGGCAUGCAAGAGAAGAUCUGGGUAGCCCAGAUCUUAUUAGCUCUGAAUCACUGGCUUGCGAGGAUGAACAGAUGCUAGUCGCGUUCUGUGUGCUGAUCUUCUUGUCGCUGAUGCGCUUUGCAGAGACUCCCUUUCACGUUAGGGUUCAUCGGCAGCAUGGUGGGGACGAUAUACGUGUCCAUGGUUCUCCACAGCUACAUUCUCUCCGUCCUCUUCUCUGUGCUUCAGGUACUCUACUCCAUCCAUCCUUCUCAUUCCUCACAUGUUCUUUUUUUGACCAAACUGAUCUCGGCUUGGACGCUGGCCCGGCCCGUUUUCUGGUCUCGGACAGGUGGGCCCGUUGACUUUCUAAAGGUUCGAGUCUUGUCUAGAAUUAGAGCCCAAGCCCGAAAGCCCAUGAUCCCGGUCCGGCCCGUUUUUUGGUUUCGGGCUGUAAAUUGACGCCCAUAAAUGAAAAUAGACUGGUCAACCUAUAAAAGUCCCCUUCCUGGUUCCUCUAUACCGACGCUGGGCAUGGGUUUUUUCCGGUAUCGGGCUUUAAAAUUAGGCCCAUAAAUGAAAUAUACCUGGUCCAACUAUAAAGGUUCCCUUCUUGGUCCCUGUACCUAUGCUUGGCAUCGGCUUUUCCGGUAUCGGGCUUUUCCCCCUCCGGCCCGGGACUGGCCAGUCAACUCCCUCGGUCUAAUUUGACAAACUUUCUUCCAGUGGGGCCCGCGUUGGUUGUCCUAUUACUUAAAAGGCCAUUCACUCCAUAAUUGCAGGUCCUCGCGCUCUCCUACUACGCGAUCUCGUACUUCCCCGGUGGGUCCACCGGCCUCAAGUUCCUCUCCUCGACUCUCACGUCUACUGUGCUGAGAUGCUUCGGGAGGUGA